CACAAUUCCCCUACCCAUGAUACGCGGCGGCACACCUCAGCAAGGUAGUAACAACUUUAGUUGACUUAGUUCGAACCCCGUAAAUACAUAGCAACGUCCAGUCUGGCGCUGCCAUAAAGAGGUACAGAAAAAUUCGCGCAAACCCUGCGGCCCCGGGAAAAAACAAUUUUCAGGAAAAUGUGAACUCGUCCGGGAAAGGUGCCCACGUAGCAGGAAUACUGUGUCGACCUCGCGAAUUGGAUUUUCUUCGGCCAAGACGUGUCUUUUAUGUAAACAACGUUUACGAAUCGAUUCGUGACAUGUGUUGUUGAGGGCCAUGCGCUAUAUUUGUGCUGUUUAUGUUGCUUGUCCUGUUGUGAUAUUGUGAUAUUUGUUUAUGAUGUUGUGUUUGUGAUAUGGCGGAAACCAAACCCCUGUAUUCAACAUGUGUCGCAAUUUUAGGAUUUAUCUGCUUCGUGGUGGGCGCCGCUGCCGUUGGCAUUCCGAUGUGGGGAUAUUUUGAAACGCCACACGGAGGAUUUGGAGACGAGAAAGGAUAUUUUGGUCCUUGGAGAACAUGUAAAUUACUUUUGUACAAUAGAGAGCGCUGUGGGAAGGAUGCGUCUAGAUUUAAAGUGUCAAUUGCGGUUUGGGUAGCAGGACUGGUAGCAUCUAUAGGAGUAGCGGUCCUUGGAGUUUUUUGUUUUCUCAGCGUACUUCAACUGGCAAUGCUAAGUUCUAAAGAAAAAGUCAUGUUGAAGUACAGUGUAGUCGUUAUAUCAAAAGUCGGAAUAGGCCUACUAGCAG